GGAGAUGGUGAUUGUUUUUUAUUAUAGUAUUUAAAUAUUUUAUUAUGUUAUAUUCAUCUAUAUAAAUCCUUCACACCUCACUAACCUUUUUAUCCCCACGUGCUGCCUUUCGCACUAUUUGUAUUUGCAGGUCUUUAAACAUGGCAGAUAAUACUCUUUCUGGUUGUUUCUGGUGUGAAGUUUCAGGCUUUGGCUUCAAUUUUCUUGGUUUGGUGAAUAAAAAGAGGAUAUGGGAUUUGUUUUCAGGACUUAGUGUAGAUAUCUUCAUAGAUACUGUCAAUGUAGCUUUUUCCACAUUAUUAUUGGGAUGGUUUUUGAUACAAAUCUUGAAAAGAAGGAGAGAGGGUAGUGAUUUAGGCAGGGUAGAAAUUUCUACCUUGUUUACUGCAAUAACUUUUCUUUGUAAUGUCUUAAUUGCUACCCUGAAUCUUUAUUUUGGGUUUUAUGAAUUCUGGUAUGAUAGAAGAAAUUUUAACUCUAAAUCCAUCUUCUGUUCUAUGACUUGGAUUUUAGCUUCAAUAGUUGCAUUCUAUUCUAAAAGCACUACUAUUAGAGAAGGCAACAGAUGGCCCAUAGUUCUAAUUUUUUGGUGGAUCUUUUCUUCCAUUUUCUAUACACUUUCUGUCUCCAUUUACUUGAUUAACAAUUUCACUUCCAUAGAAAUAGAACCGUUUAUCUCUUUGCCUGAAACUAGCAUUGUUGAUUUCAUUUCCUUACCAUUGUCCAUACUGCUUUGUUUCAAUGCUUCAACAUUCACUUCUAGUAAUACUGAACACAAUAGUGAAUCAAAAGAAUCAACCAGUUUUUCUAAUGCUGGAAUUUGGAGCCAUGUCACCUUCCAAUGGCUAAAUCCAUUAUUUAGUCAAGGAAGAAAACAAAAAAUAAAGUUAUCUCAUGUACCAUCAGUUCCAAAAUCAGAAACAGCAAAGUCUGCUUCUUCAUUGCUUGAAGAAUCAUUUUUGAAAAGAAAAAAUGAAACAACUAACUUGCCUAAGGCCAUAGCUUUUGCAAUAUGGAAAUCCCUGACGAUGAAUGGGGUUUUUGCAGCUUCUCUUCAUUUUUUUUCCUCUGCAGGAGUUAAUACAAUUGCCUCCUAUGUGGGUCCCCUUUUGAUCACAAGCUUUGUGAAUUUUUUAUCAGAAAAAGAGGAUUCAAGCUACAUUAAUGGCUUUAUUCUUGCAUGUAUAUUCUUUUUCUCAAAGACAGUCGAAUCACUAACUCAACGACAAUGGUAUUUUGGUGCUCAGCGUAUUGGCAUACGAGUAAGAGCAGCUCUUAUGGCACUAAUAUACAAGAAAUCUCUGUCAGUAAGAUGUUCUGGUCCAAGAAAUGGUAAAAUCAUAAAUAUGAUAAAUGUGGAUGUUGAAAGAAUUGGAGACUUCUGUUUCAAUAUUCAUGGAGUAUGGUUGCUACCACUUCAGGUCUUCUUAGCCCUUGUAAUUUUGUAUAGGACUUUGGGAGCUGUCCCCUCAAUUGCUGCUGUUUCUUCUACAAUAUUGGUUAUGGUGAGCAACACACCAUUGGCCAAUAGGCAAGAAAAGCUGCACUCCAGGAUUAUGGAAGCCAAGGAUUCAAGAAUUAAAGCAACUUCAGAAACUCUCAAAAGCAUGAGAGUCUUGAAACUUUACUCAUGGGAAUCUAAAUUUUUAGAGAGGCUUCUUCAACUUAGAGAGACUGAAAGAAAUCAUUUGCGAGGAUAUCUCUAUACAAGUUCAGCAAUAGCCUUUCUCUUUUGGGCUUCUCCAACUCUAGUUUCUGUUAUUUCCUUUGGAGUAUGCAUUUUAAUAGAAACACCAUUAACAACAGGUAGAGUCCUCUCAGCGUUAGCCACUUUCCGAAUUUUGCAAGAACCAAUCUAUAACCUGCCUGAGCUUAUGUCCAUGAUUGCUCAAACUAAGGUAUCAAUUGAUCGCGUUCAAGAGUUUAUCAGAGAAGAAGGUCAAAGAAAGCAGAUACCUUAUCACAUUCCACAAGCAUCUGAUGUUGCAAUCGAAAUUGAGACCGGAGAGUAUGCUUGGGAAACAAGUGAUCAGAACUCAAGAAAACCUACUAUUAAAAUUACACAGAGAAUGAAAAUAAUGAAGGGUUAUAAAGUUGCAGUUUGUGGAUCAGUAGGGUCUGGUAAAUCAAGCCUACUGUGCAGCAUACUUGGUGAAAUCCCCAGAACUUCUGGAGAAGCAACUAAGGUUUAUGGAAAGAAAGCUUAUGUUCCCCAAAGCGCUUGGAUUCAAACAGGAACAGUGAAAGAAAAUGUGUUGUUUGGCAAGGAUAUGAAUCAGGCCUUCUAUGAGGACGUUCUGGAAGGAUGUGCUCUGAACCAGGAUAUUAGGAUUUGGGUUCAUGGAGAUUUGACUGUGAUUGGGGAGAGAGGGAUUAACUUGAGUGGUGGACAAAAGCAGAGAAUUCAGCUUGCAAGAGCUGUGUAUAGUGAUUCGGAUAUUUAUAUUCUUGAUGACCCUUUCAGUGCUGUUGAUGCACAUACUGGAACGCAUUUAUUCAAGAAAUGCCUCAAGCAACUCUUGUCUCAGAAGACUGUCAUAUAUGCUACACAUCAACUGGAAUUUUUAGAUGCUGCAGAUCUUAUUCUUGUGAUGAAAGACGGUAUAAUUGUUCAGUCAGGAAAAUAUGAGGAUUUAAUUGCAGAUCCUGCCAGUGAACUUGUUAGACAAAUGGCUGCCCAUAAAAAGUCACUGAACCAAGUUAACCCAAACUCAGAAGAUAAUGCCUUAAUCAGACCCUGUCACUUCAAUCAAAAUGAGGUCACAGAAGAAAAGGUUGAAGAGCUCAUUAGUUACAAUAGAUUUUCAGACAUAAAUCAAGAAGAAGAAUCUGAAACUGGUAGAGUGAAAUGGAGUGUUUACUCAACUUUUGUUACUUCGGCUUAUAAAGGAGGCCUUGUUCCCGUCAUCCUUCUUUGCCAAGUCCUUUUCCAGGGACUGCAGAUGUGCAGCAAUUAUUGGAUUGCUUGGGCAUCAGAGGACAGACACAAAAUCACCAGAGAGAGAUUGAUUGGGAUAUUCAUUAUGUUGUCUGGUGGAAGCUCCAUCUUUAUAUUAGGGAGAGCAGUUUUGCUGGCAACUAUUGCUGUUGAGACUGCUCAGAGGCUCUUCCUUGGGAUGAUCAGAUCAGUUUUUCGAGCACCUAUUUCGUUUUUUGAUUCAACGCCUUCAAGUAGAAUUCUCAACAGGUCAUCUACAGAUCAAAGCACAGUAGACACAGAUAUUCCCUACAGAUUAGCAGGAUUGGCAUUUGCACUAAUUCAGCUGUUGAGCAUAGUUAUCCUAAUGUCUCAGGUUGCUUGGCAGGUCUUCUUUCUCUUUCUUGUCAUCCUUGGAAUCUCCAUCUGGUAUCAGGCCUAUUACAUCACAACUGCUAGAGAAUUAGCCAGGAUGGUUGGAAUUAGAAAGGCUCCUAUCUUGCAUCACUUUUCAGAAUCUAUUACAGGGGCAGCAACUAUUCACUGUUUCAAUCAGGAUGAUCGCUUCAUAAGGAGAAAUCAGAGCCUGAUUGAUGACUAUUCUCGCAUAGUCUUCCACAACACAGGCACAAUGGAAUGGCUUUGCGUUCGAAUCAAUUUUCUUUUCAACCUUGUUUUCUUCCUUGUUCUGAUUAUCUUGGUGAGCCUUCCUAGGUCUGCUAUUGAUCCCACCUUGGCAGGGAUGGCAGCUACCUAUGGUCUGAACCUGAAUGUUCUUCAGGCUUGGGUUAUAUGGAACUUAUGCAAUGUUGAGAACAAAAUGAUAUCAGUUGAAAGGAUCCUUCAAUUUACUAACAUACCCAGUGAAGCUCCUUUGGAGAUUGAAGAUUGUAGGCCACAUCCUGAAUGGCCAAUGGAUGGAAGAAUUGAUCUAGUAAGCCUGUGUGUCCAAUAUAGUCCUACACUUCCAAUGGUUCUCAAGUCAAUAACAUGUACUUUCCCAGGAGGGAAGAAAAUUGGUGUUGUGGGCAGAACAGGAAGUGGAAAGUCUACUUUGAUUCAAGCUCUGUUUAGAGUGAUUGAGCCCUCAGAAGGCCAGAUUCUUAUUGAUGGACUGGAUAUUUCCAAGAUAGGUUUGCAAGAUUUGAGGUCUAAGCUAGGUAUAAUACCACAAGAUCCCACAUUAUUUCAAGGAACUGUAAGAAGCAACCUAGAUCCCUUCCAACAACACUCAGAUCAAGAAAUCUGGGAGGUUCUCAACAAGUGUCGUCUUGCUGAUAUAGUAAGGCAGGAUCAAAGGCUUCUUGAAGCACCAGUUGUUGAAGAUGGAGAAAACUGGAGCGUUGGACAAAGGCAGCUUGUUUGUCUGGCUAGAGUGCUUCUAAAGAAGAGGAGAAUUUUGGUAUUAGAUGAGGCUACAGCUUCUAUUGAUACAGCGACAGACAAUAUCAUUCAAGGAACAAUAAAAGAAGAAACAACUAGAUGCACAGUCAUUACUGUAGCCCAUCGAAUACCUACAGUCAUUGAUAAUGACUUGGUUUUGGUUCUUGAUGAAGGCAAAGUGGUAGAGUAUGACUCCCCAGCACAGUUGCUCAAGGACAAUGCAUCUGCAUUUUCAAAGUUGGUCACUGAGUUCUUGAGGAGAUCAUCAAACAGGAACUGACAUCGUUGUUGAUACAGGACAUACUAGGCUCCAGCUUCAAUAUUUAAUCAUUUUAAUUAGUGUAGUUUGAUUGAAAAUGCAGUUGAUCUAAUAUAGUAGUCAAAAACUAAUCAGCAGAAAGAAAACAAACAAACAAACAAACACCGUGUACAGAUUAGGGAGCAAGGAAAAUAUUUUAAUAGAUGUGACUUAAUUAGUACUUAAGUUUUUACGCUUUAAUGUAAAUUGCUGACUUACAAUUUCAAGAAACAGCAUAUAGACUUAUGUGUUCAUAAUGCAAUGAAGAAAUUGCAGAUUAGCUGGUUGUGACA